AUGUCAGACCAGAAGCCCAUGCGCCCCAGUUAUUAUCGUCAACUGCAGUCUCAAGCUCGCGCACUGCGCGACCGAUCCAGUAUUGAUACCCAUUGCCCGAGCCUAUCCAGCGUGCCCUCGAGGGCAUCGUCCACAAUGACCCGAUGUUCGGGAAGUGAGGCGCCUUUGGAGCGAGACGACUGGUGGUAUAAGGGGACCGACAGCCUACUUCUGAAACGCUCGGGAGAGCAUCACUUCGUGGGAGCAUCAUCCACUACACAUCUUGCCAAGCGCCUCAAUCCGGUCUCAACAAACCUGGCGUGGGAUGUAUGUCCACUUUAUGAUGACUCAUCCUCAUUGCGUCGGUCGGUGGCAGCUACAUUGCCUCAGUUGCCGCCGUUGGAGACCGCCAAACGGCUCUUCUGGGUGCAAUAUGCCUAUGUCGGGACGAUCUUCUCAUUGAUCCACCCCACAGAAUAUGAAGAACGAUUGGACUUGGUCUACCAUCAGCCACCUGACUUUUCCCACCGGGAGACAUGCCUAAUAUAUUGCCAGGUGCUCCUGGUUACCGCUUAUGGGUUGAUGUACUCCGUCAACGAGUGGUCCGAUGAGGAUGGACCCCCUGGUUUCGCGUACUUCAGGCAUGCGCUGGAAUUCUUGCCCGGUAUCCAUGAAGAAGGCUCAAUCUUCUUCGUCGAGGUGCUGUGCUAUGUGGCAUACUACUUGCAGAAUCUCAAUCGUCGGGAUGCCGCUUUUCUUUAUAUUGGUCUAGCCCUUCGUAUGGCUAUCUCACUUGGGCUUCACCAGGAGGUCUCCGAUCCAGACUUUAGCGAAACGGAACGAAACCGCCGCCGUCGAGCGUGGUGGUCGGUUUACAGCUUGGACCGGAAUAGGCUUCUGUCUGUCAAAUCCGGGAAUCCCAUUACUAUCCAUGAUGAGGAUAUUGGCACAAUAUGGCCAGCUGCGCCGGACGGGUCAACCCCGGAUUCAUGGCCAUCCAUUGUACUCACUCACUAUACACAACUCUCUCGUAUUCUGGGGAAAAUUGGAGAAGAGAUCUACCGGAAAACGCCCCGAUCUGGGUCCAACCUCAUUAUAUCUGUGCAAGAUAUUACUAAUGACCUUUCCACCUGGUUGCGACAGAUUCCUGAUCGCCUCCGCAUUGACUUCACCACUCUGGAUGCCCCCAUCGAUCGAGAAACCGUGUCAAUCAACCUUCACUUUUACUCCUGCGUCAACAUGGCUGCCCGCCCACUCGUGUUCUAUAUCAUUCAAAGAAGACUCGAUGCAGGUAUUCUUGGAACCUCGACGGAAGGUUGGAAAGAAGGCCUAACACCUAACACAGUUGCAGUCAUUGAUAGCUGUAUCACAGCAGCCCGGGCCACAACUCUGAUUAUGUAUGCAGCUGCGAAACAUAAUCUCAUAGCUACAUACGGCUACCUUGAUGGAGAGUACAUUUUCUCCGCCGCACUGCUUCUUGUCAUGGUGAAUGCCGCAUUCCCGCACAACGAUACCAAUGAUUGGGCAAUGGGAGCCGCACUGAAUCUUCUUCAGAGCAUGGCUGACCGGGGAAAUACGUACCUGGGUUCGCGCCACUCCUUGCUUCUCGAGCUACAGACUGCUAUCGGCAUUAAACCUGCAAUGAGCGGUGCCGAUCGCUUGAGUCCUCCUCGGAAUGUACCCACUACACCCAAGAGUGAGCGGCCAGCCGGUUUAGGGACGGAGGAGGCUGAUGCUCAUCCGCCUGUACUAGAAGGGAUUUGGCAGCAGCCACCCGAUUUUUCCUCGCUCGAGGAUAUUUCCUUCCCGUUUGACGUCAACGAUGAUCCUGCGCUUUGGGAGGGUGCGUUGAAUGAGAUCGACAUUGAUAUGGAUACGGAAUGGAUUGAAAAUACUUUGAAGCGAUAG